AUGGCUUUAACUGUGAAGAAUUUUCCUAUAUUUCUUUUGGUUCUUCUUCUUCCUCUCCUGGCUUCUUGUGAUAAGAAACAGGUAUACAUAGUGUACCUUGGAGAACAUAGUGGAGAGAAAACAUAUAAUGAAAUUGAAGAAAACCAUCAUUCAUAUCUGUUCUCUGUGAAAGAAACUGUGGAAGAUGCUAAAUCUUCUCUUAUUUACAGUUACAAGUCCAGCAUCAAUGGCUUCGCAGCAUUGCUCACCCCAGAUGAAGCCUUCAAACUGUCUGAGAUUGAGGAAGUGUUGUCUGUAAUACGGAGCCAGUCGGCAAAGUACUCUUUGCAGACUACAAGGUCAUGGGAAUUUUCCGGUUUACAACAACUACAAGGAAGUAAAGGGUUUCAGUUGAAGGAGGACUUGUUACUGAAAUCAAGAUAUGGCCAAAAUGUUAUUGUUGGCAUGCUAGAUAGUGGUGUGUGGCCAGAAUCAAAAAGCUUCAGUGAUGAAGGAAUGGGACCCUAUCCAUCAUCAUGGAAAGGAAUUUGCCAAUCAGGACAUGCAUUCAACUCAUCAAACUGUAACAAGUGA